AUGCGCGCAUUGAUCAAUAUAGGAGCCUUAGGCGUGCUCCCGCUGUUAUGUACUGGCCAUCCACACCAGAAGCCAGUCCGGAGUCUCGACCACUUCCGCUUGACACCAAGAGCCACAUACGUGGACUUCCCCACUAUCAGUAACCUCGCAUCGCAGUAUCCCUCUGCUGGAAAAGAAGACUAUGUUGAAACAUCUACAAGACUUGUUCGAAGCAUUUCGCCGGGAACGAGCUUUCGAAUCAUCGACAACCAUUAUGUAGGGGACAAUGGAGUCGGGCAUGUGUACUUUCGCCAGACCCUGCAUGGAAUCGACAUCGAGAAUGCCGAUUUUAAUGUGAACGUUGGCGAAAACGGAGAGAUCUUUUCCUAUGGCAGCUCCUUCUUUGCAGGCGACUUCCCACCGAGCGAUCCGAUAACACAGCCGAACCUCUCAGACCCGAUUCUUGCUCUCCAACGAGUAGUGGAGAUGUUGCAUCUUCCUAUCACGGUUGACACAGUCAGAACGAAACCCGUCACAUCAAACAGCAUCUACAUCCUCCAAGGAACCACAGGCGCAGUCUCAGAUCCAACCGUCAACCUCGUGUACCUAGUCACCCCAAACAACACGCUCACCUUGACCUGGCGAGUCGAGACAGACGUUCACGAUCACUGGCUUAUCACAUACAUCGACGCAGCAACCAGCAACACGAUUCACGGGGUAAUCGACUACGUCUCCGAAGCAUCAUACCAAGUCUACCCAUGGGGCACCAACGACCCCACAGACGGCACCCGCAUCAUCGUCACCAACCCCUGGGACCUCGCCGCCUCCCCUUACACCUGGCACAGCGACGGGCUAAUCAACUACACCAGCACGCGCGGCAACAACGCGAUCGCGCAGUGGAAUCCCAGCGGCGGGCGGCCGUACCGCAACAACUACCGGCCCUCGUCUCCGACCCUGGAUUUCCACUACCCCUACAACCCGAACCAGACCUACCCAGCCGCCUACCUCAACGCCUCCAUCACGCAGCUCUUCUACACCGUCAACGCCUACCACGACCUGCUGUACCAGCUGGGCUUCACCGAAGCCGCCGGCAACUUCGAGUUCAACAACGGCGGCCGCGGCGGCCGGUCCCACGACUACGUGAUCCUCAACGCGCAGGACGGCUCCGGCACCGACAACGCCAACUUCGCCGCGCCGCCCGACGGCAUCCCUGGCCGCAUGAGCAUGUUCCUGUGGGUGGAGCCGGGGUCCGCGACGGAUGUCAUCCGGGAUGGGAGCUUCGAUAGCGGUAUCGUGAUCCACGAGUAUACCCAUGGCUUGUCAACCCGGUUGACCGGCGGGCCCCACAACGCCGGCUGCCUCAGCACCCUCGAGUCCGCCGGCAUGGGUGAAGGCUGGGGCGACUUCAUGGCCACCACCAUCCGCAUGAAGCCGGGGGACUCGCGCAACACCUCGUACGCGGUGGGCGCCUGGGCGCAGGCCUCCAAGGCUGGGGUGCGCGCGUAUCCGUACUCGACCUCGCUGCGCGAGAACCCGCUGCUGUAUACGGAUGUCAACGAGUUCGAUGGCGUGCACGCCAUCGGGACGGUGUGGGCCAGUAUGCUGUAUGAGGUGGUGUGGAAUCUGAUGGAUCGGUAUGGGGUGAGUAGCAGUGAGGGUAUGGGUUUGGGGGUCAGUGGUGCUGGUAGUCAUCGUCGUGGUGGUUUUGGGAAAGAGGUGAAGGAGAUGGAUGGGAGGUAUUUGAGUUUGAAGUUGGUGGUGGAUGGGAUGACUUUACAACCUUGUAAUCCGACCUUUGUGCAGGCUCGCGAUGCGAUCCUGGACGCAGAUGUGGCGCUUACUGGGGGCAAGAAUCGGUGCGAGAUUUGGAAGGGGUUUGCGAAGAGAGGGCUGGGGUCCGGGGCGAGGUUUUGUCGGAUUAGGAGGGUGGGAAGUACGACUAUUCCGCCGGGGGUGUGU